AUGUUCUUGGAGGAUUUGCCAUGGCGAGAUUACGUCUGGCUCUUAGUACGGAUUUUUGUUGCCGAAUUGAUUGGAUCUGUGAUAUUCAUUCUUCCGGCAAUUUUGAUCACUUCACCGACCCAAUACGAGCCCCUCGUAGCAGGCAUCGCAAUGGGUGGGGGGCUCUACGUUGCGAUAUGGAUCACCUACCCCACCAGUGGAGCGCAUAUCAAUCCCAUCAUUUCUCUCAUCGCCUUCCUGAACAAACACAUCAAGUUGCAUCACCUUGUGUUCUACUGGAUCGCUCAACUGGCUGGCGCUCUGCUCUGCACUUUAAUUGGCCUGAACAUUCUACCGCCUGGAAGCAAUGAGACCUUUCGCGGCAUGACUUUCCCGCACCCGGAUGUAUCAGAAAGACAGGCCUUCCUCGUGGAGACGCUUACAACGAGCGUCCUUGUCAUUGUAUACCUGGCCACAAUUGAUCUUAGGAGACCGGAGAACUGGGGAUUGAAUACGGGACUUAACAUGGCAUUGCCACUGAUGUUUACAGUCAUUGGAAAUGCGAUUAUAGCUGAGCCCACAUCAAAGGGCAGCAUGAAUCCCUUCAGAAGCCUUGGACCAGCCCUGCUUCACGACAACUACCGAAAACAAUGGUUAUACAUAAUCGGCCCUUUGACCGGAGCACUGGUUGGAUCUUUCAUUCACACGCAGUUCCUUGCCACGAAAUCAGACGAGUAA